UCGUCGUUUAACGGGAGACCAGCCAAGACGCGAUUAGCAGCAACGGAUUAGUACCUGGGCCGCAAGUCUCACCCACCGGGAAUCCCAGGGUGAUUUGGUGCGUCGACGGAGGAUUUAAACGAUUGUCGUAUUUUCGCCUCGUUCAGUCAUCGACGAGUUCUUCAAGUCAGUGCGCGGAGGAAACUUUCGUCGACAUUCGGCCGGACUAUGUUCCGAGCAAACUGUUCAGUGGAUCGAGAUGGUACGUCAGUGCUGUGCUGUUGACGAUAAGUCGACGCCGUUGACAUCGGGCGAUAUUGACGAUUGACGCUUACCGUCUCGAAGUCAAGGCUCGGACCGAGUGACGCCUUCGGUGAGAAGGAAUCCAAAGAUGCUGUUCAAAGGUAAUAGCUCCCGGCUCGAACUGCUGAUCGGAAAAAUACAGGCACACAAGGAAUCGCCGUCGCCACCGCAGGACGAAAAAUGUCACCCCAAAUCCAAAGAAGCCUUGGGAACCGGAAGUUCCUCCUGGCACAGCGAAGAUGGCGGUCCGGUGUCGAGGAGGGGCGGCGACACGCCAUCUUCUUGCGCUACACCAACCUCGGCGAGUUUCCCCUCGGAACCGGAAGCGGAAGGUGAAAACGGGCCGCACGCCGACAUGAACAACCCCGCGGCUCCUUAUCCGUGCCAAUUUUGCGACAGAUCAUUUCCCAGACUGAGCUACUUGAAGAAGCACGAACAGAGUCACGGUGAUCAGAUGCCUUACAAGUGUAGCUGGUGCGCAAGGCUGUUUAAACACAAACGAAGCAGAGAUCGACACGUGAAAUUGCACACCGGCGACCGGAGAUAUCGAUGCACGCACUGUGAGGCCGCCUUCUCCAGAAGCGACCACCUGAAGAUUCACAUGAAAACGCACGACACCCAGAAACCGUAUCAAUGCACCGCCUGCUCCCGUGGCUACAACACGGCGGCUGCUUUAACGUCCCACAUGCAGUCGCACAAAAAGCACCAUCACGGCAUUACGCAGAACUCGAAAUUGGACUCCGAUUUCGGACGGAGAAGCGUCUCAUCCCACAGCACGGCGUCACCGCCCGUACCGAACUCACCGUCGCCGAGUUUGAACCUCACUCUGGCCUCCAGGAACCAGGGUAAGGGAUCACCUAUGGUACCCAGCGCUUCGAGCACCCCGGUUCUCCACUCCCCGAUGAAGCUGGCCUGCAUGUACUGCACCCGAGACUCAUUCACAAGCAUGCAACAGCUCCAGAUGCACGUCCACGCCAUGCACCGGGCGAUCCUGAGCGGGGAUAACCGGACGAUGCCGUCGCCGGGUCAGGUUUCGGAGGUCUCGAGUCUCUCGAGGGAGCGGAUGUUCGACUCGCAGGAAAAACCGUUCAAGGAACAGGAGAAGAAGCUCUCGGACGAGAGACAGGAAAAGGGAUCGGAGGGUGGUAACAACCUCUGCGUGAAGACGGAGUACUUCGACAACAGCGGAUUCUCGUGCGGCCAGUGCACGAUGAAGUUUUCGAAUCUCGGGACCCUCAGGGACCACCUGAUAUCCAUUCAUCGGGUCGACGGGUUCGGGGCAACGCUGAUGUGCCCGCUCUGCGGAAUACCCUGUAUCUCCGCCGCCGCCUACGCCGAGCACUACGUUCUCCAGCACUGCGACGAUCGGAGGAUCAACUACGCGGAGAACUCGGACUACGCCGACCUCAAGACGACGUCCAGGAACAGUCUGAAGGCCGACGUUCUCGGCUACGGCACGAACAAGUCGUCCAGGGACUCGGAGAGAGCCGUUAAACAGAGCGACAGGGAAUCCGCGGAACCGAAGAUGGCCACCAAUGGAAAUUACGAAGCGAAAGAUCAGCCCGCUGACCUGACCAACAAACACGGCCGAUCCGGCGAGGUCUAUUCGGCUGGAACUCUGCUCUGCGGUCAGUGCGGCGCUGCUCUGAAGGACUUUGAAUCCUUCCGAGAGCACCUGGCCAGGCAUUUGCAGGCCGACCACCGCAAGGAGGUAGCCAAAAACCCGUGCCCGAAGUGCGACGCUUCUUUCCAGGAUCGCGAAGAGAUGCUGGGGCACCUUACCAAGCACUUUCUUGGCCAGGUUACGAAAGAGUACGCCUGCGGGGUCUGCAAGAAGUUUUAUCCUCAUCCCGACCUCCUUCAGAGGCACCUGCUCGACUCCCACGCCCACCAUUUGUACCGGUGUGCGCUCUGCCGGGACACCUUCGAUUCCAGAGUGGCGAUCCAGGUCCACUUCGCGGUGAAGCACAGCCAGGAAUGUCGCGUGUAUCGUUGCAGCGUCUGCCCGACAACGAACAACGAGAAUUCACCCGGCAACUCCCCCGGGGGUGGAAACAGGAACUUGUUUAGAAGCGAGGCGGAAAUGGCGAGCCACGUGCGAGCCGUUCACGCACCUCCGGUGGCCGUGGCUGAGGGCCCGAUGAUGCCCAGGAGUCCGGCGACCACGCCAGGGACUCUGGGGGCUAACCUGCGGUGCGUUUUCUGCGGUGUCUGCUGCGGCUCCGAUUUGGAGCUUCAGCUGCACCUGGCGAACCACUCGGCGAGUCUGUAUCGGUGCCCGAUAUGCCGGGAGGGUUUCGCGGUCGAGUUUCUUCUCGACAAGCACAUGCAGUCGCACCACCUCGGCGGACUGCCGACCGGGCAAACAACCCCGCGUGAAAACGGGCGAGUGAUUAAUCCUAGAGCGAGUCACGGGACCGAGGAUCCCGCGGGGCGGGUCCAGAAGAGAGGAAGAUCCCCGGCCAACAGCAACAACAACUCGGUCAGCCAGAGGGACAACAACAACAAGAGGCCCAAUCACGGGAGCAACGCGGCUCAGCAUUGCGAGCUCUGCGAACGGGGCGAGUUUGCAAACGACGCCGAGCUUCAGGCCCAUAAAAAGCUCGCCCACACGCCGCCCAAGGCCCAGAACAAGGCCCUCGCUACGCUCAGUCUGACCUGCGCCUACUGCGGUGAGGUUUGUAGGUCCAGGAGCGAGCUCGAGUCUCACACCAGGGUUCAGCACGCCUCGAACGAGCCGGGGGGUCGGCACAAGUGCAACAUAUGCGACGAGGUGUGCCCCUCCGGUUCCACCCUCGCUGAACACAAGCUACAGAAACACUGCAAGAUAUUACUCAGCGACACGUGCUUCGUGUGCCGUGGUGUGCUCAACUCGGAAAACCAGUUUCUCGAACACAUUCAACGCCACAGCCUCGAGAAUGUCGACCCCCAGCAGAGGGUCGAUAACUCCUUACCUCAUCUUCCGUCGCCUUGCGUUAUCUGUCGACAAACGCUUAUCACCGAUCUAGAAUGUCGCCUGCAUGCCAGGUACCACCUGAGGGCGAGUAGCUCGCAAAAUUCGAGUCCAAACCUGAGUCGAAAAUCACCAAAUCCUAGCUGCUGUAUUUGCCUGCGGGAAUCCCCUGCGGAGGAUGUCGUAAACCUGCCUUCGAACCCGGUGACUGGAGGGAACCAGUCCUUGCAGGUCUGUAAAUCCUGCUACGCGAGGCACACUCAAGGCCUACCGAUCCUCCACUCACCCUACGAGCACGUUCGCCACGGAGCUGGUAAAGAGGACCGCACCUGGGACCAGGCCAAAUGGGAGUCGAAAAUCUCCGCCAAGGAUUUCACGAGGGUUCAGGAGGCCGCGGUCAACCCCUCGGACGAAGAGGUCCGGAGGUGCGACGACUGCGGCGUCAAAUUCGAGGCCCCGGAGGAGCUGGAGGCCCAUAGGACCCAGGAACACCCGCAGCGUGAAGAAAAUCAGCCGAAGACUUAUACCUGUAUUCAGUGCCAGAUCUCCUUCGCGACGGAGGCUGAGAUCCAAAAACACGUGAGAAAGGAACACCUCGAAUCGACCGGGAAACCCUGUACCGACGCCCUCAGGUGUCACCUUUGUCUGACCGAGGCGUCCAGUCCUCUUCAGCUCCAGGCUCACCUCAUCGAGCACACUUUCGCUGGGUGUGCAGCCCUCAGUUGUUACAUUUGCCAGGCUCUUUUCACAGCGCCGGCAGGUUUGCAGAACCACAUGCUGCAGCAGCACGGACUCGGCGCCCGUCCAUACGACUGCAACUUGUGCAGUCUCAAGUUCUUCUUCCGAGCCGAGCUCGACCAUCACGUAAUUACGUCUCACCGUUCCGGGGGGUCGGUGUCACCGGGUGAUCACCAGCCGACUUCGACCGCGGUUACGAUAAGGAAUCUUGAUGGUGAUAACAAGGAGACCGAGCAGAGGAAGUCCCACGAGGUCAGGGUGAAAGACGAGAUGGUAGCCGGCGAGGAGGAAGACGUUAACGUUGACGAGCAAGGGGACGAGGAGGCGAGAGAUCGAGAUCAAGAAGGAGAGGAGCGAGGAGAAGAAGAAGUGAAAAAGGCGAAAGUGACCGCGCAAGGCGAGCCGGAAGGAUCCGUGGAAAGAAACGAUUCGUGAUUCGCUGUAAUUAAAGAGGAAAAAUGAUAAAUAAAAGAAGGAAAAAACUGCGUGCGGAAGAAAAUUACCAUCUGAUCGACCACUUAAUCAGUCGACUGUAAAUCAAUCGGGAAAUUUCAGAAAAAUGAGUUUUUGUCGUAUCUGCAACGGGAAAAGCUGAAAGCACGACUUGACUGAAUACUAUGAAUUUAUUUAUUUUCGCGGUUUUUUUUUUUAUCUUCUUUUCAGUCUACUCGUUUACCACAAACGAGCAAAAAGUUCGAUUAUCUAGAAAGUGAAACGCAGAAUUUAGCAAUAAUUUUCUGUUACAGUUAAAUGUAGGUACAAUAAACUUUUCGAUCUGUAGCAACGGAAAGUCGAAGCUACGAUCCGCGAUUAUAGGUACAGAGUAAUAAAAAUUUUACGCGAAAAGAAUUUAUUCUUGAUCGUGGCACGUUUAUUGUUUAAUUGUUAGGCAAUUAUUAUAUUUAUUACUGUCAUCAUUAUCAUUAACACAUAUUAUACAUUUGCAAAUUAGAUGUGGUACUUCCGACAAGCUAUUGCAUUGAAAACCAAUCUUCUGUCGACGAGUGAAAUCGGACGAAAAAAUGUGGGAAACUGAUAAAUAAAUAGUUACUUAUAGAGAUAAUAUAUAUUAUAUAUACACGAACAAAAAUUGUAAAUAAUUUUUCAACCCCACAAAUACGCGAAACGUAAAAUACGCAUAAGUAUACAUAUGCAUAUACAUAUAUACAAAUAUUAAACGUAAGCUUAUACUCGUUAAAUUUGACUAUAAAAUAGCGUAGCAUAAUUUUUUUAACGUUAAAUUUUUCAAUAUUUAUCGCUGUCUUGGAUACAAUUAUAUAUUUAAGUGCGAUAGUUAUUCUCCUUCUAAAUAUGUUAUUACAUUAUAUCUUAUUAUAUUAUAUUAUAUCUGUUGAUAGUUUAUUUUAUAAUGCAACGAUAUUUUCCGACUAAUCGUCACUUUCCCCUCACGAAAUGAUAUUGAAUUUUUUACAUUACUAUACAGCUGAUUCGUUUCAUGAUGACUUUCAAAUUAAUCGUUCUCUACAUUCCAGUCGAAAUUAUCAUUCGCAUUAUUAUGUUUGUUAGGUGUGGUUAUUACUGUAGUGAUGUAUACCUAUAUUUAAUAUUAUUUGAAUCCAAUUAACAGAUACGAAAAAUCCGUUCGUUAAUUUUCUAAUAAGUAUAAUAUACAUAGAAUCAAUGCAUAAAAAAGUAUUCCAUAACGAUGUAAAAUCUCACAUACAAACACAAACGCCACGCAUUACCUAUAAUCAUUUAUGAUAAUGAU